AAAACAAAAUUUCCAUAUACUAUUUCUCAAUAUUUCGUAAUAAUUAAUUACUACUACAUGAAAAAGUGACCAAACAUAAAAUAAACAUUGUAUCCCUAUUCUUCCCACAAAUCAUUCAUGAAAUGACAUAAAAUCAAAAGCACAUGCAAACUGCGAUUAGCAACAAAAACAGCCAAAUUAAUCAAUUCAAAAAAAAAGAAAAAAAAAAACACACCAAAAACUAGUGGAGCACCAAAAUCAAAUCAUGUACAGCCGGCCCACACCAAUCCCCACUACACGACAAACCAAAGAACCAAUCUCAUCCGUCGAUCCAUUAAGCACGUGUGCGGUCCAGAUCUCACCACUUAUCCACCCACCGUUGGUCUGAUAUCACACCCAACCCCUCCUACUCCACAAUUAUGAUUGGUCCACGAUUUUGAAUGGGUGAGACCCACCAUUUUAUUUUAUUUUUGCCCAUAAAUAAGCAUUCCCACUCUCCUCUGUUGAAAAGUCAUCGGGGGACAGAUGGCGGCAGCCCACAACCAUAUUUUGGUAAGAAAAUAAUAUAUUUAAUUAAUGUAAUUAUUUGUUUUUUUCUGCAAUAUUUAUGUCUUUUUCUCUGGCUAGGACAACUUUUGUGUUUGUGUUUUGCUAAUUUUUUUCUUGGAUUUGUCCCAUUUCUCACUGCCAUCAGUUAACUGUUAAUUGGGACUGCUUUGUUCAGUUUCCAUUUUGGGAUUUGCGGUUAGUUUUCUCUUGAGCUCUGUGUGUUUGUGGGUAUCCCAAUUUUUAGGGAAUCAUGCUUUUGAGCUGAUAGCUUUAUAGAUAUUUUGUUGUGGGCUCAUUUUGCUUUUGCAUACUAGAUCUGGAUUCUGUUAUCUUUUUGCUGUUUCGGGAUGAAUCUUGUGUGGGCAUCUUUACUUUGGUUUCUUUACAUUUUGAAAUUGUGGGAUUGAAGCUUGAGAAAUUUGCUUACAAUUUAUGUUGUGAGAUUGAAGCAUGAGAGGAUAAUCUGCAAUUUUGUUGCUAAAGAUUGUGUUUUUAUGUGUUUGGUAGCUGUGAAUCUGCUGAUUAUAGAUGGUUUCACCUUUGAUUGUAGGUGAAUUUGUUGAAGGAGUGAAGGAUAUAGGAAGGUGUGAUCUGUUGCUUAUUGGUUUUGGGGUUUAUUCAGUGGUUUGAUUAAGGGGGAUUGGUUUGGAUUGGUUUGGAUUGGUUUGGAUUGAUUUGGAUUAGUUUGGAUUGUAUUGGUGGGAGUGUGAGGGGAGGAAGUGUUGGAAAUGGGGAGUAAUUUAAAUUUCAAGAAUUUCGCAAACGAGCCACCAGCUGGCGGUGGUGGGAGGGUGGCGAAUAAUAGCCCGUUGACGCGGCAGUCCUCUGUCUAUUCUUUGACCUUAGAUGAGUUCCAGAAUACCAUCGGGGGGAGUGGGAAGGAUUUUGGGUCAAUGAACAUGGAUGAGCUUUUGAAGAGUAUAUGGAGUGCGGAAGAUAAUCAGAACUUCGCUCCCGCCAUUGGUGGUGGUGGUGAAGGUGUUGGUGGUGUCCAAGAAGGGGGUGGCUUGCAGAGGCAGGGAUCGUUGAUCCUUCCCCGUACGCUAAGCCAGAAGACGGUUGAUGAGGUGUGGAGGGAUAUGUCGAAAGAGGCUGUUGCACCGAAGGAGGGAGCUGUCAGCGUUGCUAGCUUUGGCAUGCCGCAGAGGCAGCAGACAUUGGGGGAGAUUACACUUGAGGAGUUCUUGGUGAGGGCCGGGGUUGUGAGGGAGGAGGCUCAGUUGGCUGCUGCUAACAAUGCUGGGAUUUUCGGUGAUCUGUGGCACCCUGUGAAUAACAGCUCGGGUUUGGGGUUCGGAUUUCAGCAGCAGCAGCAGCAGGCUAGUAGGAAUUUGGGGUUGAUUGGUGCUGGGGUUACUGAAACUAGUAAUCCGAUGGCUGCACAAUCGGCUGCUAACUUACCGUUAAAUGUGAAUGGUGUAAGGUCUUCCGCACAGCUGAUGGAGAAUCAUCAGCUGCAGCAGGAGCAACGGCAACAUCAGCCUCAGCAGAUUCUUCCAAAACAGUCCGCGAUGGGUUAUGGACCAGCUAUGGGGAUUCCAAGCAACGGUCAAUUGAGUAGCCCACGGAUUAGGGGCGGAAUGGUUGGGAUUUCUGACCCGGGAAUGAAUAACUCACCAGUCCAUAAUUCAGCUUUGCAAGGUGGAGGGCUUGGGAUGGUUGGUUUGGGGUCUAAUGGAUCUCCAGCUGUUUCUUCGGACGGGCUCUCUAAGAGCAACGGGGAUACAUCCUCAGUGUCGCCUGUUCCUUAUGUGUUUAAUGGGGGUUUGAGGGGUCGGAAGAGUGCUGCUCUGGAGAAGGUGGUUGAAAGGAGGCAGAGGAGGAUGAUAAAGAACAGAGAGUCGGCUGCAAGGUCACGAGCUCGUAAGCAGGCUUACACCAUGGAGUUGGAAGCAGAAGUUGCUAAAUUAAAGGAGGAAAACGAACAAUUGCAGAAGAAACAAGCGGAGAUAAUGGAAGUGCAGAAGAAUCAGGCGCUGGAGAUGGUGAAACAGCAGAGCGGGGCGAAGAGACAGUGCUUGAGAAGGACACAAACUGGGCCGUGGUAACGGCCACGUGGAACGAGAUACGUCUGUGUAAAUAGUACAUAGAAUACGACGUGGUUCCUGGUGUUGUAGAUGAGCAUAGAGAGAGUUAGAGGAGUAGCGCUUCUUCGCCUUAGGAUGCAUAUCCCAUGUUUCGAUGGAAUGUAGGUGGAAAAAGUUUUUAAAAUGAAAGGUAGUCGAUUAGGUACAAAGAUUGGUAGAGUGCUGUUCCCAACUCCCAAAGUGUCGUGUUUCUAAUGUUCGUAUUCGUGUUCGUGUUGACAUAGAAUAGAUUACAGUUUAUUUAUAUAUUUACAUUGUUUGUGAGUUA